AUGUGGUAUUUUCCUCUCAAACCAAGGUUGCAAAGAUUGUUCAUGUCUGCGAAGACGGCUUCCCAUAUGAGAUGGCACGCAGACGGCCGUACGAAUGAUGGGUAUAUGAGACAUCUUGCUGAUUCUCCAGCAUGGAGCACUUUUGAUAGCUUGCAUCCUGAUUUUGCUAAGGAUUGUCGCAAUGUUCGAUUGGGAUUAGCAUCUGAUGGAAUUAAUCCAUUCAAAAAUAUGAGUGUGUCACACAUCACAUGGCCUGUUAUACUCAUUCCUUAUAACCUUCCUCCAUGGAUGUGCAUGAAAGAGCCCUACUUUAUGUUAUCUCUAUUGAUUCCUGGUCCAUCAGCACCUGGGAACGAUAUUGAUAUUUAUUUGCAACCUCUAAUUGCUGAGCUAAAGGAUUUGUGGGAACUAGGAGUUGAAACGUAUGACGCAUCAAAAAAGCAAAAUUUUCAAUUACGUGCUUCACUACUAUGGACAAUUGGUGAUUUUCUAGGAUAUGGAUAUUUGUCGGGAUGGACUACCCAAGGGGAAUUUGCAUGCCCAGUUUGUAAUAGACAAACUCAUUCAAUUAGAUUGAAAAAUGGUGGAAAGCAUUUCUAUAUGGGUCAUCGAAAGUUUCUACCCAAAGAACAUGAGUUUCGGAAGAACAAACGACUCUUUGAUGGCACGACUGAGUAUGGAGAAGCACCGCAACCAUUAUCUGGUGAUAUGGUGAUGGAUGAACUAAAAGACUUCUCAAUUUUAUUUGGUAAGCUUAUUAAAGAUAAACCAAAGUUUUUGAACUCGAAAAAGAAGAGUAUAUUUUUUGAGUUGCCAUACUGGAAAGAUAAUGUUGUGCGUCACAACCUAGAUUUCAUGCAUACAGAGAAAAAUAUUUGUGAGAGUAUUUGUGCUACAUUGUUAGGUCUGGAUGGUAAGUCAAAAGAUAAUCUUAAAUCACGCCUUGACUUGGAAGCAAUGGGAAUUAGGCCCGACCUUCAUCCAAUUUCAAAGGAACCUGGAAAAGUUUAUUUACCUGCAGCAGCUUUUACAAUGAGCAGGAAAGAGAAAACUUUGUUUUGUGAGGUUUUAAAAAAAAUUAAAGUUCCUGAUGGUUAUGCCUCAAACAUUUCAAGGAGCAAACCCGAAGGUUCGAUUGCUCAAGGAUAUCUAGCUGAAGAAUGUUUGACAUUUUGCUCUUUGUAUUUAGCUGACUAUGUGGAGUCAAAGUUUAAUCGGGCAUCUAGGAAUGAAAUUGUGAAUGACAAUGCAAACACUGGAUUAGAUAUAUUUGCAAUCAAAGGCCGUUCUCUUGGAAAAGGAAUUGCUGUGAGAUUUGAUGCUGAAAUAUUGACAAAAGCUCAUCAAUAUGUAUUGUUUAAUUGUGAGCCUGUUAGACCAUACAUUGAGCUACAUCAGACAAUAGUUAAACAAUCUAAUCCUCGUGUUGCACGCCAUCAACUUGAACGCAUUCACUGUGAAAGCUUUGCUGGUUGGUUGUAG